AUGCUACUCUCUUAUUUAAGUGUCCUUUUAACUUGUGGUAUUGCCUUAGGACAAUAUGUACGCGAACAUACUCCAGCUGAGCGAAUGAGAAUUUUGGGUCCCUUGGCUUUCGCUGAUGCUCGUGUAACAUUUAAUUGUCCAGCAUUAACACCAUCACCAACAGUUCCAACAUCAGUUCAUGCUUUACGACCAGCUGAUAUAAAACAUAUAGCAUCGAUGGGCGAUAGUUUAACAGCAGCGAAUGGUGCUAAAGCAUUCUCAGUUGUUGCUGUUAUAGUCGAAUAUCGAGGUGUUUCAUGGAGUAUUGGUGGAGAUGAAAAUCUUCAAAAAGUCGUCACUUUAGCCAAUAUUUUACGCAAAUUUAACAGUCAAUUAGAUGGUUAUUCACUUGGAACUGGUAAUCGAAAUUCAUCAAAAGCUGGUUUUAAUGUUGCAAAAGCUGGUGCUGUUUCUGCUGAUAUGCCCAGUCAAGCAAAUCUUCUUGUUGAACGAAUGACUAAUGCAUUAGGUGCUGCAAAAUUUGCUGCAGAUUGGAAAUUGGUUACAUUCUUUAUUGGUGGUAAUGAUCUUUGCGCUAAUUAUAGAAAUAAUGUUAAACGGGCAUUAGAUAUUCUUAAAGCUCGAAUGCCUCGUACUCUGGUUAAUUUUGUAACUGUUCUCAAUGUUGCUGAACUUGAAGAUUUGCAUGAAGGUAUUCGAUGUCAAACAUUACAGAAUUUGAUGUGUGACUGUGGCGUUGAUAAGAAAACACGUGACCAAAUACGUGUAGCAAAUGUUGAUUAUCAACGAGAAACGACGGUAUUAAUUGAUUCGGGUAUUUAUGAUACAUCUGAUGAUUUUACUGUUGUUCGACAACCAUUUAUGGAACAUAUGAAAGUACCUCUUAAGAGCGAUGGUUCGGCUGAUUUCUCAUAUUUUUCACCUGAUUGUUUCCAUUUCAGUCAAAAAGGUCAUGAAGCCGCUGCUGUUGAGCUUUGGAAUAAUAUGAUGCAAAAAGUUGGUCAUAAAACAACUACCUGGUAUUUAGCGGAUACACUUCAAUGUCCUUCUACAGGAAAUGGAUAUAUAUAUACAUCGAAGAACAGUGCUUGA